CAGCAGGUGGCGGUAAAGCCCUUAAGGCUUCAUAGAAAAGGAAACUCACCUCGUACGGUUAAAUUUGAAAACAGGCGGCAGUUUUACGACUAGAAACCUCACAGCAAGAUGACUGCGGACAGUGAGAUAGAGCUAAAGGAGGCGUUUCAACGGGCUCAAAAAGGACACAACAACAAGGCGAAGCUGGUGGCGAGCCUGAAGAGUCGCUACAACAAGCUUGAGGACAAGACUUUGUUCCAUGAAGAGUUUGUCCACUACCUGAAGUAUGCAAUGAUUGUGUACAAACGAGAGCCUGCUGUUGAAAAUGUGAUCGAGUUUGUGGCCAAGUUUGCCACAAGUUUCCAGCCUCUGCCCAAUGCAGAGGAUGAGCAGCAGGAAGAAGAAGAAGAGGAGGAGGAAGAUGAAGAUGAUCAUCCAUUUCUGAGUUUCAUCUUCAACUUUCUGUUAGAGUCUCACAAAGCCAACAGUCAUGCAGUGCGUUUCAGAGCCUGCCAGUUGAUCAACAAGUUGCUGGGCAGUAUGGCGGAGAACGCCCAGAUCGACGACGACCUCUUCGAUCGGAUUCACCAAGCCAUGCUGGUCCGAGUCACGGACAAGUUCCCCAACGUCAGGAUUCAGGCUGCUUUAGCGAUGACCCGCCUUCAACAGCCAAAGGAUCCCGACUGUCCCACCAUCAAUGCUUACAUGUUAAUCCUAGAAAAUGACAGUAACGCAGAGGUGCGACGUGCCGUUCUUUCCUGCAUUGCGAUGUCGCCACGGACUCUACCUAAAGUUCUCAAACGCACUCGAGACAUUAAAGAGAACGUCCGCAAGCUGGCCUACCAGGUUCUCUCUGAAAAGGUUCACAUUAAAGCUCUUACCAUCGCACAGAGAGUUGGUCUACUGCAGCAAGGUCUCCAUGACACCUCAGAGUCGGUGAGAGACAUUGUUUGCAGUCGCCUUCUGCCGGCUUGGCUGCUUCGGCUGGAUGGAAACAUCAUCGAGUUGCUCCACCGGCUGGAUGUGGAGAAUUGUGCAGAAACAGCUAUGGAGACCCUGAAGGCCAUCUUUAAAACAAUGCCAGCUGAAGAGCUGCUGCACAUCAGAGGGCACCUCGACGAUAGAAAGGUGAUCCCCGAAGACUCUAUGACCUGUGAAAAUGUGCUUUACUGGAGAUCUUUGUGUGAGUUCCUGAAGGGUAAAGGAGAUGAUGGGGAGGAAAUGCUUGAACAAGUGCUGCCAGAUGCUGCAAUCUAUGGCGACUACCUCUUUGGCUAUCUGAAGGCGGUGCCUGUGCUGACAGAGGAGCAGAGGGCUGACUUCAACCAGCUGGAGCUCGUCAUGACCAAAGAGUUCAUCUCCCAGCAGCUCAUCCAUCUCAUCGGUUGCCUCGAUACCAACGAGGAAGGUGGCAGGAAGCGUGUUCUGGCGGUUCUGCAGGAGAUGCUGGCUCUCACACAGACUCCGUCCUCUCUGGUGUCUCUCCUCACUGAGAAGCUCCUCGCCCUCAUCCCAGACGACCAAAGACGCAUCCAGACCGUGGCAGAGAUCAUUUCAGAUGUGAGAGAACCCAUCAUGGAGGCCAGUCAGCCGGUGGAUGAGAACAGGAGCCGCCGGCAGCAGGUCCAGCUUGCAGAGGUGAAGGUUCGCCUCAUCGAGGCCAAACAGGAUCUGGAGGAUUGCAUCGCUGCGCAGGACUUCAGUCGAGCAGCAGAGCUGAAGGACUCCAUCGCGGGUCUAGAGGAUCAAAGAAACCAGGUCCUGCAGGAGAUCUCGGAGAGCAGCCAGCCAGUCGACAGGGAGGUUCGCGCUGAGAAGAACGACCCAGAGACUCUUCUGAGGUGUCUGACGAUGUGCGCUGAACUGCUAAAGCAGAUGAACAUCAAAACUCGGACUGGUCCCACUAUAAGUGCCUUGAUGUCAUCACUGGUCCUUCCCUCCAUAGCAAACGCUCACCCUGCUGUUCGCAAUAUGGCCGUGGUGUGUUUGGGAACCUGCACCCUGCACAGCAAGGAGUUGGCCAAAGCCCACAUGGUCCUCCUGCUGCAGAUCGCCCAGCUGGAUGAGGUGAAGAUCCGCAUCAGCGCUCUGCGGGCGAUCAUUGACCUACUGCUGCUGUUCGGCUUCCAGCUGCUCUCUGAAACGGCGUCCACUCAGACCGUCCAGCCCCCGCUGUCACCCGACAGGCAGGAGGGCGACGCGACAUCGGCCGAGGACAAGGGGAACAUUCCAGAAGACUCCGCACAGAGCAUACUGGUGAUGCUGUCUGAGUUCCUGGACAGUGAGAUGUCUGACCUGCGGACGGAGACAGCAGAGGGUUUGGCCAAGCUGAUGUACACGGGUCGCAUCUCGAGUGCAAAGAUGCUCUCACGCCUGGUGCUGCUGUGGUACAAUCCUGUCACUGAGGACGAUGUCCGCUUGCGCCACUGUCUGGGAGUUUUCUUCCAACUCUACGCCCGCGAGAGCAGAGCCCACCAGGAGGUCGUGGAGGAGACGUUCCUGCCAACAGUUCGGACUCUGCUGAACGCCCCGGCCACUUCUCCACUGGCUGAGGUGGACAUUAACAACGUGGUGGAGCUACUAGUUGAGCUGACCCGCCCCAGUGGACUUAUCAAACCUUCUGCUAACACAGAGGAGGUGUGUGUCCAUGACUAUCUGGCAGUGCGUAUGUGUGGAGAGAUGCUCAAAGAUCCCACAGCGCCUGAAGUCCGCCUCUACGCCAAGACCCUGAGCAACCUGGAGCUCAGCAGAGAGGAGACAGUGAGGGACGACCUGACGACACUGCUGCAGCAGCUCGUACAGGUGGUAAAGGAUCGCGUUUGCCUCCGUGCUCUGGAGAAGAUGCUGCAUCAGCUGAUGGACUCUAAAGAACAGGCAGAGGUCGUCAACUCCAGUGCUCUCCAACCACUGGACGUCAACGCAGACGAAGCAGCAGCAGAAGAUCCAUCAAAAUCCACUAAGAGACCUAAGAGAGGUCAAAGGAAAGCCAGCACUGCCAAAGGGGGCAGAAGGCCGAGCAGAAAGGCUGAGUCAUCAGAGGAGAGUGAUGGAGAAAAUGUCCCAGAGUCUGCUCCUGUGGUACGUUCGUCACGGAGGGCAAAGAUUGCAGCUCUGGAGAAAACCAAACUGGAUCUGAACCCUCUCAUCAAUCAGGAGGCCAAUGUGUCGUGAAUGUUCACUCUUGGACAGAUUAAGUGUUUUAAUCGACAGGAACAGAAAUGUUUGUCUUUUAUUUGUCUCCUGUUACUGUUGUAUUCAAUGUCUAUAUAGCGAUAGUUAUUCAUUACCUAAUUAUUCAUGUUUAGAGCUUACUUAGUAAAUAUAACUAAGCUCUAAACAUUCAUGGCUAAUAACUAUUGCUGUUAUAUCUUAAGCUUUCACUGAAUUUAUUUGUGGGCCAUUAUUUUUUCUGUCUUAACAUUUAUAAUAAAAACAAACAAAUAGAAAAA